CCUCUAAUUUGUUGCCAGUGAGCCAACAUGGCCGCCAGCGGUCUGCCACCUGAGGACCAGCUUCGGUGCCAAAUUUGCAAGAACAUCUUUACUUUUCCUGUAACGCUGCCUUGCGGCGACAACUUGUGCAAAACGUGUAUCCUAAGAGAAUGGGAUCAUAGUGUCCACUGUCGGUGUCCAAUAUGCAAAGAGGAAUUUGAUAAACGUCCUCAGCUUCAACCCAAUCAAGACCUCUCUAAGAUGGCAGCUUGCCUCAAAAAGUACAAAGCAAAGGAGCCCUGCAGCAGCACUCAGUCGCAACAAAAGGUUGCCACUUUGGGAGACAUAUCCUGCGACGAAUGCACGGGACUGAAAUUGAAGGCAGUCAAGUCCUGCCUUGUGUGUCUUGCAUCUUACUGCGAAACACACCUGAAGCCUCACUUGAUGACAAAAGGCCUGAAGAAGCACCAGCUGCUCGACCCGGUGGAGAACCUAGAGGCCAGGAUGUGCUCAUACCACAACAAGCCACUGGAGCUGUUCUGUAGGACAGACCAGACAUUCACCUGCAUGUUAUGCACCCUCCUAGAUCACAAGGAGCACGACUACCUUCCUCUGAGUGAGGAGGCUGAACAAAAGAGAUCUGUGCUAAGAGGGACAGAGGAAACAUUAAACCGGAUGAUUCAAGAGAGACGAGGAAAGAUGCAGGACCUCAGGCACACAUCAAGGCUGAACCAAGAAGCUGCAGACGGUAAGGCGGCAGUCGGUCUUCAGGUCUUCACAGAUCUGAAGCAAAAUCUUCAAACUGGUUUGGAUGAACUUCUCAAGAAUAUUGAAAUAAAGCAAGUCACGGCAGAGAGGCUAACUGAAAGACUUAUCGCAGAGCUGGGGCAGGAAGUGAAGGUACUGAUGCAGAGUAGCGCCGAUGUUCAAGUGCUCUCAUCGUCUGCCGAUCACGCUCAUGUUUUGAGAAGUUUUUCAUCCGUCAAUAACAUCCCAGCCAUGAAGGACUGGUCGGACGUCAGUGUCCAAAUCCCUCUAUAUGAAGAGAUGGUAAGGAAAGCAAUGGUGGAAGCUGUGGAUCAAUUGCAGGCUACCUUCAAGAAAGAAAAGGCUAAGCUGAAGGAGGCAGAGCUGAAGAGGGUGCAGAAGUUCAAGGUUAAUUUAACUCUGGAUCCACAAACAGCAGAUCCAUGGCUCAUCGUAUCUGACGACGGCAAACAAGUCCGUCUGGGUGAUUUUAAGAAAUCUGUUCCGGAUUUGCCAAAGAGGUUUAAUCCAGGAGGGGGAGUCGUGGCACAACAGAGUUUUGGUUUCGGGAGGUUCUACUUUGAGGUUCAGGUGACGGACAUGAUGAAAUACGAUUUAGGAGUGGUCUACGAGUCGAUCAAUAGGAAGAAAAAAAUCACAAACAGUCAGGAGAGCGGCCACUGGAUACUGAGUCUAAGGAAGGAGAAUGAGUACAAAGCAAGAGCCAGCCACGAAAUCCCUCUCAGUCUCACCCACCGUCCUCAGAGAAUCGGACUGUUUGUGGACUAUGAAGAGGGUUUAGUCUCAUUUUACGACGUCGGCAUCGCGGAACUCAUCUUUUCUUUCACUGACUGCAUCUUCACUGAGAGACUUUAUCCGUUCUUUAAUCCAGGUCAUGGUUCAAGGAGCUCUGCCUCACUUAAAAUAGGACAGUAGCUGUAAUUGAAUCAUGGAGUUAUUUUGCUAUGUUCUACAUUUGUUCUUGUCUCAACUUUCCAGAUUCUGUCUAAAUACGGAAUGUGAUUUUAGUCUGAUUUGAAUACAUUUGGUCUUAAAGAUUUUUAGAUUGCACAUUUAAAACAAUAUCAGACAGAAAUUGAAUAUCCUUAAUGAACCGUGUAACUAGUCAGUCUGUGCUGAUUCCUGUUAAGGUGAAUUGUUACUUCAUGUGA